AAAAAAAAAAAAAAAAAAGAGUUACGAGCCGGUCCUCGAUUACGCGGGUACUCUAUUUUCUUUUUUCUUUGGCAGGGUACACUGGUGAUACUACGUCCAAGUGCGGAGUAUAGUACACAUUGGAGCCCCAGUUAAAAUUUCCGCCCUGACAAGGAUAGAUACGAAGCAGCGGCGAAGUGUCUAGGUAGGGUGCGACGAAUGUCAAUCGGAUGACAUGAUCAUGGGGAUCCCGAGGUGACAUUCUCUCGAAUGAUGGGUACAGAAUACAGACGAUGCUUGGGAAGUACUCAAGAAGUCUGGCAAAGGCCAUGCAUGUCAUGUAUGUAUGUAUGUAUGUAUGUAUGUACAACUGGUACAUACAACUGCUGUGCGCGGCCAGACUACUCGGCACGAGAAAGUUCUAUUUUUUUCGUUUCUUGUUCUCCCCCUAUGGCUGGUUACUGGUACCAAUUGAGUCGACGGAAAGAGCGUUGGGGAUCCCGGCGAGGGACCCAUCUUUACCCACUUGGUACCAUACCGGCACCAAAAAUUCCCAAGCUCUCAAUGGCCCUAAUGAUACGAUGGGGCUCGUCAAUCGGAAACACUCGAAAGAGACAGAAUGACCAGUCCAAUCGUCGAUACUUCGUACCAUUUUGCCUCUAUACAUCGAAGGCAACCGUUGCCCCCAAAGCUAAAAAGAGAAUGAGAUAUUGGAUAGUUCACAUAAGGGUGACCAUUACAUUUGCCUGUCAUGCAUACAAUACAUUUACGAUUGAUAUUGAGGGACGGUUUCACCGUCAGCAGGGUAGCAAUCACGAGAAGAUGGCGGGUGUAACUCCCAUAAUUCGGGGAAUUCGAUUGGUAUAGAGGCGAUGAUUGAUUCGUGACAACUUUUAGUCUUGACUUAUGUAUCGAAUGUGGCUGUCGAGCGCUCUACAGGUAAAUACCUAGUCAAUAUUUCGCUAGGGAGGGAUGUUACCUAUACAUCCUUGCAGGGAGCCUCAGGAGAAGUUUCCCUGAGUCCAAAAAGGGAGCGAAUGGAAUAUGGAAAAGGAAAAAAAAAGAAAGAAAGAAAGAA